CCGAAUUCCGCCAACCUAACCUAACCUUAUUCCCCUGUCAAACAAAAUAAAAACAAUUAUUUACCAUAAAUAUUUUCAAUUUUCCUAAUUUUGAAUUAAAAUCAAAAAUUAUGGAUGUAGGAGAGCUGUUAGAUUACAAACCUCCACAAGCCCUGAAACGCCCCUCUGAGACCGAAGAUAAGGGCAAUGAAUCAGAAAAAGCUAGAAAAAUGCGAAAAAUCGCCCGCGCCAAAGCCAAACAAAUGGUCAGAGCACCCUCACCAACACCUUCCUUACAAUUCAUUGAUCAAAUAAGCGAAGAAGAAAGAGCUGAAAUUGUUAAAUAUGUCGAAACUGAAGAAACUGAGGGUGAAGUAGUUGAUCCAGCUACAAUCAAAAAAAUCGUCUUGAUCUUUGAGAAAAGGUCCCUCAGAAAUCGCGAAAUGAGAAUCAAAUUUCCUGAUUCGCCUGACAAAUUCAUGGAAAGCGAACUGGAACUGCACGAAACUUUACAAGAAAUGCGAGUAUUGGCUACUGCGCCCGACUACUAUUCUUUGCUGGUAAAAUUACAAGUGAUUCCAAGCCUUUUGGAAUUGCUAGCUCACGAUAACACUGAUAUUGCUGUAGCAACAAUAGAGCUUCUACAAGAAUUAACAGACGUUGACAUUCUCAAUGAAUCAGAAGAAGGUGCUGAAGCGUUAAUCGAAGCCUUAUUAGAGCAUCAAGUUAUUGCACUGCUAGUGCAAAAUUUGGAAAGGUUAGAUGAGAGUGUGAAAGAAGAAUCAGAUGGAGUGCACAACACUUUAGCAAUAAUCGAAAAUCUGACAGAAUUGAGGUCUGAAAUAAGCACGGAAGCUGGGAAACAAGGUUUUCUGCUUUGGUUACUAAAAAGGCUUCGCCUCAAAGCGCCUUUUGACCCAAACAAAUUGUAUGCUAGUGAAAUGUUAUCUAUAAUCCUUCAGGAUAAUGAAAAAAAUAGAACUUUGUUGGGGGAAAUCGAUGGUAUAGAUACUUUAUUGCAACAGCUUGCUUUUUAUAAAAGGCAUGAUCCUUCUAGUGCAGAAGAACAUGAACUUAUGGAAAAUUUAUUUAAUUGUCUAUGCAGUGCUUUAAUGGUUAUCCCAAACAGAGACAGAUUCCUUAAGGGCGAAGGUUUGCAACUGAUGAACUUGAUGUUAAGAGAAAAAAAGACUUCAAGAAACGGUUCACUUAAAGUCUUAGAUUAUGCCAUGUCUGGUGUUCACGGAAAAGAUAAUUGUAACAAAUUCGUUGAUAUUCUCGGCCUGAGAACCAUUUUUCCGCUAUUCAUGAAGACCCCCAAGAAAAAUCGAAAAAGAGUGUUUUCUCAAGAAGGACACGAAGAACAUGUUUGUUCAAUUAUAGCUUCAAUGUUGAGAAACUGCAAAGGUCCGCAGCGCCAAAGGCUGAUAAGCAAAUUUACAGAAAACGACCACGAAAAAGUCGAUCGCCUCUUGGAAUUGCACUUCAAAUAUCUAGAAAAAGUUGAAGACAUUGACGCAGAAUUGGAUGACAAAGAAGAAAAUGAAGAUGAAAAUUAUUUGAGGCGAUUGGAGGGUGGUUUGUUCACUUUGCAACUUGUAGACUAUAUUGUGUUGGAAGUUUGCGCAGCCGGACCUCCUAGUAUUAAGCAGAGAGUGAUGCAGAUAUUGAAUUUGAGAGGCGCAUCUUUGAAAACCAUAAGGCAUAUUAUGAGGGAGUAUGCUGGAAAUCUUGGAGAAGAAGGUGAUAAAGAGUGGCGGGAUCAAGAACAACAACAUAUUUUACAUUUGGUUGAUAAAUUCUAAACAAUAAUUUAUUCUAUUUUUAUUUGUUAAGGAAACAUAAAGAAUUGCUUCAAUGAAAAUUUCUAGUUUCAUUUUUUUUUCAAUACCUAAUAAUAAAUAAAACUAACCACCCCAUGUCAAACGAGCAACAUGAUCAGCCUUGCGUUUUGAGCUCUUGAUAAAUCCUAAAUAUUCCAAUUCUGCCACUGCUUGAGUAAAUCGCGCUCUGUAAUCCAAUUAAGGAAGUAUUGUUUUAUCAAAACAACAAUUAAAUUUUAAAGGAUACUGUAAUUCUGGAUCAACCAACUUAUUGGAUUUGUCAUCAAAAUCAUCAGAUUCUUUGGGAUCCACAAUAUAAAGAAACGCUUGCAGCCAGUCAUACAAAUUGAUCAUUUUGCCACAUUCCAAAUGCAGCUUGUAAGCGAUACAAAUAUCCGGCAUGGUGGCUUUGAUGGUUUGGC